UGACAGCACCUGACCAGCACGUGGAUCUACAUCGCUACCAGAUCAAGGAAAACAGGCAGAAAGUGAAGUUUCUUUCAGCAGCUGGGGGGCACAGGCAGCCUGUUCGUGGGGGGCGGAGGGCGCUUGUUUACGCGAACUGAAGAGAAAAAUUCAUUGUAGUGGACGCCGCCCGUAGGAGGGCGCGCGCGAGCACGACUUGACGACAUGUUUCUGAGAAAGUAGUUCGCUUCAUGUUCUCGCGAUUGAUAUUUUACCACCAGACACUGUGGCGUGAAACCUCUGCAACUCUGAAGCUUCUCCUGAGCGCCUCGCUGUAGCUUUAAACCAACGGACAAGCAAACAUGUCGAGCACGAUCAAAGAGCUCACUUUGAACUAUGACCCGGUUAACGAGACCAACACCUUCUCGAGCGGCGACGUUCUUCAGGGGCGAGUUUUUCUGGAAGUGGCCAAAGAGGCGAAGAUCGACUGUUUUUACAUUAAGUGUAAAGGGGACGCGGACGUGAGCUGGACGGAGAGGCAUAAUGAUCGGACCCACACAUAUCACUCCCACGAGAGAUACUUCAAGCUGAAGCAGGUUUUUAUUCAGGACCCCUCCAAACCCGCAAACAAUGAGCCAAACGUCAUUAUAUCAACUGGGGAGACCUACAGUAAUGUGGUCAGGCCCGGAAGACAUGUUUUUCCAUUUUGCUUUCAGCUGCCCCAUGGGAAUAUGCCACCAUCUUUUAAAGGAUAUUAUGGGUCAGUUAAGUACAUUCUGGAAGUCAGAGUGGAUCGUUCAUGGAAGAUGGAUCGCACUGCAAAAGCAGAAAUCAACUUUGUCCCAAGGCUUGGUGCUGGUGUUAAUACAAUGAGCCCACAGAGUGCAGCUAUAGACAAAAAGAUGAAGUUUUUCACCUCUGGAAGUGCGUCAAUGAGAGCAACGAUUGACAAAAUGGGUUAUAUGCAAGGUGAUAUCAUCAGAGUUUCCACCGAUGUUGAUAACUCUUCAUCUCGCGAACUCAAGCUGAAGUACAGUCUAGAGCAAAAACUGGUCUUCUUUGCACAAGGUCGCUCCAAGAAUUCAUCAAAAACCAUUUUCAAAGUGGUAGGAGAUCCUGUCCCAAAUGGUUCAAAGCAAAUAGUCAACACAGAUCUGAAGAUCCCACCUAACCUGGAACUAACCAUCGCAAGUUGCAGUAUUAUUAAACUGGUGUACAUACUUAAGGUCUAUUUGGAUGUCCCCUAUGCAAGUGAUCCAGAGAUUACAUUUCCAGUGUGUAUUUAUCCUGCAGGCCAGGGUCCUUGGCAAAGUCCACCAAGCUUUCAGCCCUAUGGGCCCAAUCCUCCACCCCAGGCUGCCUUUGGGCCCAAUCCUCCACCCCAGGUUCCAUUUGGGCCCAAUCCUCCACCCCAGGUUCCAUUUGGGCCCAGUCAUCCACCCCAGGUUCCUUUUGGGCCCAAUCCUCCACCUCAGGUUGCAUUUGGGCCUAGUCCUCCUGGUGCUACCUUCGGACCAGCUCCAGGACUUUACCCUAGCCUUUACCCUUCACCUGCAUGCCCACAGCCAGCCAAUCCAGAAGCUCCUCCUUCCUAUACAGACGUCUAUCCAAAUCAAAACCCAACAGUUGCAGGAUUCCAGCCACAUCCAUCAGCUCCAUCCUGCAAUCCUCCACCAUAUUCUGCUAUGGGUUAUCCAGGUCCUUCUGCCCCACAGCAGAAUCCAGCACCAAGUGCUCCAGAGUUCUGUCCAAAUCCGUCUAACCCACCCUAUAGUCAAGCAGGAGGUCCCCCUGGAUACUGGCCAAAUUCAGCCAAUCCAACCAACCAGUCAGAGCCUUAUCCAACUAAACCACCAGAAGAAAAACAUGCAUAAUCACACGUGCCUUUGAGUUCUCCAUGUGACAAGAAGAUCAUUAUGCAGUUAUGAGCAAAUGAGCAUAGAGAACAUAAUGGUGUUUGCUUCACUGUGACAGUCUGUCAAAGUUUUGAUUUCAAAGCUAUUAGACAGUCUGCAGACAAAGCUGACAGUUUAUAGAAUAGUAGUGCAUUUUCAAACGUUAACCACAACAAGCGUGUAAUUUUAAGUCCUUGUUUAAUAAAUGCCUUUGUGAAUGUUGCUUGUUUAAGAGGUGGAAUGAGAAGAUACAUGAGGACUUCUGUUAUCAUAUAGAGACACUCCAGGACAUUAACACUAUAAAUCCUGCAUGGACUUUAAUGUAAUUGAUGCAUCAUUAAAAGCUAUUACAGUGCCUUUCA